GAUUGGCUGCCGGGCUCAUCAGAAACACGUGAAGGAGCCGCUGCGGCUGGCAGAAACUUGCCAGAGGACCCUGGGUGGCAUCGCCAGUGCUUGCAGUCGCACCGGGGAGGAUGAGGGCGUCCUGUGUCCUGCUCACCGCCCUGGUGGCGCUGGCCGCCUAUUACGUCUACAUCCCGCUGCCCAGCUCGGUGUCCGACCCCUGGAAGCUGAUGCUGCUGGACGCGACUUUCCGGGGCGCACAGCAAGUGAGUAACCUGAUACACCAUGUAGGACUGAGCCAUCACCUCUUAGCACUGAAUUUUAUCAUCCUUUCUUUCGGCAAGAAAAGUGCAUGGUCGUCUGCCCGAGUGAAGGUGACUGACACUGACUUUGACGGUGUGGAAGUCAGAGUGUUUGAAGGCUCUCCAAAGCCUGACCAGCCACUGAGACGCAGCGUUGUUUAUAUCCAUGGAGGAGGCUGGGCCUUGGCAAGUGCAAAAAUCAGGUAUUAUGAUGAGCUGUGUACAUCAAUGGCUGAGGAACUGAAUGCUGUCAUUGUCUCCAUUGAAUACAGGCUGGUUCCACAGGUUUAUUUUCCUGAGCAAAUUCAUGAUGUUGUACGUGCCACAAAAUAUUUCCUGCGGCCAGAAGUCCUCCAGAAGUAUAAAGUUGACCCAGGAAGAAUUGGCAUUUCUGGUGACAGCGCUGGUGGGAAUUUGGCUGCUGCCCUUGGACAACAGUUUACUCAAGAUGCCAACCUAAGAAAUAAGCUCAAACUGCAAGCUUUAAUCUAUCCGGUCCUUCAAGCCUUAGACUUUAACACCCCCUCUUAUCAGCAAAAUGUGAACACGCCAAUCCUGCCCCGCCAUGUCAUGGCGAAGUACUGGGUUGAUUACUUCAAAGGGAACUAUGACUUUGUGCCAGAAAUGCUAGUUAACAACCACACUGCACUGGAUGUGGAAGAGGCUGCUGCCCUCAGGGCCCGUCUGAACUGGAUGUCCCUCUUGCCUGCAUCCAUCACAAAGAACUACGAGCCUGUUAUGCAGACCACGGGCAACACCAAGAUCGUGCAGGAGCUCCCUCAGCUGCUGGAUGCCCGGUCUUCCCCACUCAUCGCAGAGCAGGAGGUGCUCCUGCACCUCCCAAAGACCUACAUUCUGACAUGUGAGCAUGACGUCCUAAGGGACGAUGGGAUCAUGUAUGCCAAGCGUCUGGAGAACGCAGGUGUGGAGGUGACCCUUGACCACUUUGAGGAUGGCUUCCACGGGUGCAUGAUUUUCACGAGCUGGCCCACCAACUUCUCAGUGGGGAUCCGGACUAGGAAUAGUUACAUGAAGUGGCUGGAUCACAACCUGUAAAGAAGUAGAACUUCUAGAAGGCUUGAGCCUCUCGACCUCCUGCUCCUGGUUUGGAAAUAUGUACUUUUUAGGUCAUCUACUUCCCCCCCACCACCCCCCACCACUCCCUUGUGACUUGUGAGUUUUGGAAUCUCUCUCCCCUGCACACUUUAUGAUAAUCUAAUUUUUAAAAAUGAGUUUGACUAACUUAGGUGCAAAACCAUCUGAGUUGAUCCCCAAAGUGGGCCAUUCUCUCUGUUCUUUGCUUUAGCCCUCUGCUAUGAAUACCCACAGCUACAGAAAUUAGGACCUGGAGCUGGAAGUAGCCUCGGGUCCUGCCUUCAUCAACAUUUUCUUUUCAGAAGAGAUUUUUUUCAGCUGUGAGAUAAUGACUUUUGAGGAGUUGAGACAAUGAAUGUGAGCUCUUCUUCCUCUUGCUAGAGUUUCCUUUGGGUUCAAAGCAGUGUUAAGUGUGUGCACUUUCAGGUCAGUGCUGAGGACCAUGUGCUCUCUAUUCUUUGUGGAUGGUUUUCUGUCCUAUGGGAAUUUCAACAAAGCCUUUCUAGCAAGACAAAUUAUUUAUAUUUGAAAAUCGAGAGACUUUCCUCCCCUGUAGUGUUAAUUUUAAGAGAGAGCUAUCUAUACAUCCAGUUGGGUUAAAAUGAUCCUUGAAAGUUGCUUUCUAUGACAAGUAUGAGGAAAUAUUAGGCUGUGUGCACUGGAUAGCUGUACAUCGCUAUUGUUUGCUUAUGUCUUCUCCUUGGGGAAAUCUCUUGGGAACAAAUUUGUUUAGAUUUAGAACAAUUUUCCCAUUUUGAAAUAAGUUAAAAGGCAAAUGAAACAACUUCUUGUUUCAUAAAAAUACUUCUGACAUAAAUUGCUAAGAGCAG